AUGACCUCCACCAUCAAGACCAUCUCCCCCUCGACAAACAAGGUCGUCUGCGAAAGACCAGAGACCUCCCUCGCCGAAGCACGCGACAUCUCCCGACGAUCCGAGGCAGCCUUCCAGUCUUUCCGCCAGCUCCCCUUUGCCCAGCGUCGAGCCAUCGUCGAAAGGGGCCUCGCUGGCAUCCAGCACCGCAAAUUUGAGCUUGGCCGUGAGCUCGCGGAGCAUAUGGGACGGCCCAUUGCCGCGAGCCACAAGGAGAUUGAGACGAUGCAGAAGCGAGCCGAUUAUCUUCUUGAUACGGCUGAGGAGGCGCUGGCUAGCUUGCCUGGACAACCUGAGAAGGGGUUCCGGAGGGAGAUCAAGAAGAUUCCCGUCGGCCCUACGCUUAUUGUCUUUGCCUGGAACUUCCCGUAUCUCAUCAUCGUCAACGCCCUCAUUCCAGCGCUUCUGGCCGGCAACUCGGUCAUUCUGAAACCCUCGCCUCAAACACCGCUCAUCGGCGAGCACCUCGUCGACAUCUUUGACAAAGCCGGCCUACCGAAGGAUGUCCUUCAGGUGAUCCAGUCCGGUGAUCCCCAAGCCCUCAAAGAGCUAGUCAAGCUUCCCGAGCUCGGCCUCAUCAGCUUCACCGGAUCUACGGUUGGUGGCCUGGCCAUCCGUGAGGCUGUGAGCGGGCGCACCAUUCCCGUCAAUCUAGAGCUGGGUGGCAAUGAUCCGGCCUAUGUCCGACCGGAUGCCGAUCUGAAGUACGUCGCGGCUCAAUUGGUCGAUGGCGCUGUCUUCAAUUCUGGCCAGAGCUGCUGCGCUGUUGAGCGUAUCUACGUGCAUCAAAAUGUGCACGAUGCCUUUGUUCAUGAGCUUCAGGAAGAGCUGAAGACAUACAAGCUUGGUGACCCCCUCGAGAAAGACACCAUGGUCGGUCCCGUCAUUUCUCGCGCUGCCGAGAAGAACAUCAAGGCGCAAAUCCAAGACGCUCUGGACAAGGGUGCUGUAGAUGCGACUCCCAAGAAUGACAGCUUCGCCAGUGCACCCUCCUCAGGCAAUUAUGUCGCUCCCAUACUCUUGACCAACGUCACACAUAAUAUGGAGGUGAUGCGUGAGGAGACAUUCGGUCCCGUUAUCCCCGUCGCCAAAGUCAAAGACGACGAGGAAGCUGUGCGUCUGAUGAACGAUAGCGACUACGGUUUGACCGCUAGUGUCUGGACCAAGGACAUUGCUCGCGGGGAGGAGCUGAUUGAGCAACUCGAAGCUGGCACUGUGUUUAUCAACCGAUGCGAUUACCCGAACCCUGAUCUUGCUUGGACAGGAUGGAAGAAGUCGGGAUUGGGCUGCACAUUGGGACCUCGUGGCUUUGACGCCUUCGUCAAGCUAAAGAGCUACCACGUAAAGGAGGCACAGGCUUAA